UGUAUCAUGUAAAUUUUGCAACCCCCCAAAUUUGAAGAUUUCAAAUUUAAAUUUCUCCACAAAUUACUGUGCUCUUUUAAUUAGUGUGCUUUCACUUUGCUUUAAUACAAUGCUCGACUUAUUCUGAAAGUGCCAGAAAGAUAAAUUGCACUAGUCGUGCAUUUUACUCUCAAAAUUAGGACAUCCUCUGGAGCGCAUUGAACUUGUCGGAAGAAAAAUUUAGACUUGGAGUGUGACUCUCGAUUGACGUUUUUGAAGUUUUAACGCGUUAACAUGGCUAACGCGCUAAAUUCAUCUGGGCGAGGUAAAACAACAUGUUUUACGUGUGACACGGAAAUACUAGGAGUUAAAAUCAGUCUUUCCAACAGUGUUACAACACACUCUAAUACAUCCAUCCCAGUCAAAAUCAGCGAAUUAAUGGGAGAAGAUUUCCUUGUUAUUUUGACGGGUGAAGACUAUAUUUGCAAGCGAUGUAAUGUUCUUUUCAACCUAAUGGAUCGACUUCAAAGUGAACUGAGCAUUGUUCAAAAUGCACUUCUGGGUCACAUCAGUAGCAAGUACAAUCUACCUGGAAUGUCAAACCCAAAUACUAUGGGAGAGAUCCAGUUCAGUGUGAAUGGCGUCCCGUAUAAUGAAUUUGCCAAGCUGAAUAACAUAGAAAGUUCACAACUAAAGCUUCAAGUGAAUCCGCCUUUGACUACCAAGUUGCAGUCGCCUCCUAAACCCAAACCCAAACCGAAUAAUAGUGCAAGUAAUACAACUAGUAAAACAACGAAAAUGUACAAGUGUGGUUUCUGUGACUUCCAAUCCAAAGAACUAAUGACAGUCAAAGAGCAUAUGAGAGGACACAUGAACAUUGACCAGAAAAAGGCUGAAAAGCGCCUUGGAUCCCCAAUACCGCCACGACCAAUUAAGCGAAAACUCUUUAGAUGUCAGGUCUGUUCUGAAUCCUACUUCGAUCGAAAGUCUUGCCUCUCUCACAUAAAAGCAACUCACACAGGAGAAAAUAGCCUAGCACAGAAGACAUCUGUCUCCCUCAACAAUUCCAGUAACAACCGAGUGCCUGGUAGCUUCAGCGCAGUAGCAGUGAAUGGAAACCGAGUUACUACGGAGAAAACAAGCGAUCCGAGUCAAGACACACAAGUAACCCAAGAGGCCAUACCCACCGCAGAAAUAGAAUCGCAGAACACCUCACAAGGAACCCAAGAGGCCAUACCCACCGCAGAAACAGAGUCGCAGAACACCUCGCAAGAAACCCAAGAAGCUACAUCUACUACGGAAGUAGCGUCGCAGGACACUGCACCCGAAGUAGAAAAUCCUAUCCCUGAAUUAUCCUUGCAGAGCACAGCAGAGCAAGAGGCAGUUGUAAAUAGCAAUGAUAUCCAGGAAAAUGGUACGAGUUUAGAGGGUGUGUUGAGGUUGGAAGAAACAGGGGAGAAACAUACCGCUAAAAUAGUCGUUGAUGGAGAGAGUGGGCUUGAUAUUGAUGCAAUGUUAGCAGCCUUGCAUUCAGAUGGUAACAAUACUAAUGCAGUGCCAGUCAAAAUAGAGCCCGAGUCUUAGAUAAUGGCCGUUGCCUGCCAAUUUCUCUCUGGUUGCCAUCUACGAGAUGGUGUUGGAAAGUAGAUACCUUUAAAAAUCCGUUCUCUCUUUUUCUCUCUAUCAGUGUGACGUCAAGAGUUAAGUCUUUUUACAAUGAUCCAAGGUACACUCUACUACAGGUAUGAACAAAUGGAAUUUUAGAAAGUCGUCAAAACAUGUGAAGUUGACAGCGAACAAUGGUGCGACUGAGACGCCAUAUUGAAAACUCAUUUACUUUCUGUUCUGAGAGUGAGUCUCGUCAAUUUUGUGUUAUUUUUUCGUGUUCUUAGUUAAGUUUUUCGUCAUUUUGAGUUAUAUCAAUUUUUCAAAUUCAUCUGAUAGCUUAUUGAAGCUACCAGAUCUGUCAGAACCUCAUUUUGAACUGCGUGGCAAAGACGGUACGACUUUCGACGUCACUUGAUGGCCUACAUUCUCAGCGCUGCCACUUCGGCACCCCGUUUGUCCAUACCUGAAGUAGAGUGUACCUAGACAAUGAUCAUCAUAUAAGUCUAAUCUAGCCCUUUUUAGCUAUGCCUUGAAUAAUACAUCAAUGGUGACUGAAACUUUUAAACCUUGUAUCUUGGCUUUUGAUGUUGCAGACUUCUUGCUAUGCUUCAUCUUUAUAUGGAGAAGUACUCAACGUCAUUUCUUGAAAAUUUCCAUGAUUUUUCCUCUCUGUGCAAAGCAAAUUGUGAGAAAAACCCCAAGGAAUGAUGUUGAUUAGUUCUCCUCUAAAAAAAUGGAACAGGAGGGGAGAUUUUUAAACACAGCAAACGAGACCUGUGAAUUGGAGGUUUUAUCAUCGGUAUUUAGGAGUGUGAAGCAUUACAUGGGCACUGUACUUAUAUGCACUAGAGUCAAGGAAAAGGGGACUCUGGGCAAAGGCAUUAUGCGUGACCUGACCAUAAUCCUCCCACCAUAGAAACUGGCGUGGUACAGUUGCUGUAUAGAUCACUUAAAAAAUAAAGAAUGUCUCCAAAU